AUGGCAGCAGACGAUGUUCCAGUGUUACGUUCUGACCCGCUAGCAGACGACAUUUUCCCAUUGGCUACAGAAGGACGAAAGUUGCAGAUAGUCUACCAAUGUUUAAAAUUGGGAAUAUUUGACGAGAUUGAAAGCCUAGGGAAGAGUGAAACAGCAGAGAAUAUCGCCAGUAACUUGGGGUCCACAUCGACCUCCAAAAUUGCUGAAUGUGCUACUUUAAACAAUGGUUAUAUUAUAGAAUGUGGGGUGUAUUGUUUGACGGAAAGUUCCAAGAAAUACAUGGUUUCUACCAAACCAACCAGUAUGGUACCUCGACUUACAGCCGAGUUUGAAUUCAUGUUUCCGCUGUUCAACUCUUUACCAAGUGUUCUCAAAAGGGGUUCUGACGGUGAAAGGUACCAACAAUUUAUUGAAAAUGAAACAGAAGACGGAGAAAGCUUCACUAGUGGUACCAGUGGUGCGGGAAAUAAUCCAAGGGGAGACAUUACUACCAGGAAACCUUCUCCGGCUGAUUUCUUAGCUAUGAUGAACGCAAAACUGGUACCUAUUGCGCCAGCAGUAACGCAGUCGUAUGAUUUCAGUGGCUACAGAACGCUUGUAGAUCUAGGAGGUGGGUCAGGAUAUAUGGCCUAUGAGUUUAUUAAAGUUUACGAGAAGCUGAAGGCCAUUGUGUUUGAUCUACCGGACAGUAUCGAGUUGGCUGUACAACAGCAACCACAGAACACCAAAUCCAGAGUGGAAUUUAUGUCUGGAGAUUUUUUUCAAGACGAGAAAUUACCUGUUUGUGAUUUGAUGAUAUUAAGUCACAUUCUCCAUAACUGGUGUGAUGAUAAAAUUGAUAUUAUACUGAAGAAAGUGUUUGCUAGCAUUAAUCCAGGUGGCUGUAUUUUGCUAUUAGAAAAAUGUUUAAACGAAGAUAAAACGGGACCCUAUGAUGCUAUAUUGUUGGAUACUAUGAUGAUGGUGAUCUGUGAGGGAAGAGAAAGAACUUUUCUAGAAUACCAAAUGCUUCUCCAACAGUAUGGGUUCACUAACGUCAUAUGGAGAGAAAUGCACGGACGAAAUUGUCAAGAUGUUAUUUUGGCAUUAAAACCCGAAGAAAAUAUAUGA